CAGACGGGAAAUGGCGAUUAGUUGGAGGAGCUCAGGGGACGUGACGGAUGAACGCCUGAGGGAACGUGCUGCUGUGUGUCGGAGUGUGUGGUGGACGGGGUGCCAGGGCACCAGGCUGACUGGGUGGCACGCUGGACUCUCCAGUUGGCCGGCAUUAGGCAGCCCGACCCGCCGGUGCCAAGUGAGCAGUGUGUCUAUUUCGCUCUCUCCUUGCUUUCCAGCCGCGGAGAUAUGAUGAAGAGGUUGAGGCGACGCUGAGCGAUGAAAGGCUGCGAGUACCAGCAGAUUCACUUGGGAACGCUGUCCGCGCUGCCGCACGCGGUGCCGAUUCCAGUAGCGGUUCCCCGCCGAAAGUGGCAAGUGUUCCCAGGCAGGAACCGCUUCUUCUGCGACGGGCGGAUUAUGGUGGCGAAGCAGAGCGGUGUUCUACCCCUUACCCUGGGGCUCAUCUUCAUCACUGUCGGCCUCUUCUUCGCCUUCGAUUGUCCCUUUCUGAUGGAGCACCUGAGCCGGUUCGUUCCGGCUAUUGCAGCCGUGCUCUUCCUGUUUGUGAUCAUCUCCCUCCUGCGAACAAGCUUCACUGACCCUGGUAUUCUGCCCAGGGCCACUCCUGAAGAGGCCGCUGACGUCGAAAGGCACAUUGACACCUCUGGGUCAUCAACCUACCGAACAGCACCUCGCACCAAGGAGAUCCUCAUCAACAAGCAAUUGGUCAAGCUAAAGUACUGCUUUACCUGUAAGAUGUUCCGUCCCCCCAGGACCUCACACUGCAGCCUCUGUGACAACUGUGUGGAGCGUUUUGAUCAUCACUGUCCCUGGGUGGGCAACUGUGUCGGCAAACGCAACUACCGCUUUUUCUACAGCUUCCUCGUCUCCCUUUCUUUCCUGACGGCCUUCAUCUUUGGCUGUGUAAUCACACAUCUCACGCUACGUUCCCAGGAUGGCAGGGGACUCAUGUUUGCUGUUCAGCAGAACCCGGCCAGUGCCUUGGAGCUGGUCGUGUGCUUCUUCUCCAUCUGGUCAAUCCUUGGCCUCUCAGGCUUCCAUACCUAUCUGGUGGCAUCCAACCUCACCACCAAUGAGGAUAUCAAGGGCCUGUGGUCUGGUAAGCAGGGAGAAGACAUGGGGAACCCCUACAGCUACAGUAGCAUUUUCACCAACUGCUGUGUGGUGCUGUGUGGUCCAAUGCCUCCAAGUCUUAUUGACAGGAGGGGGUUUUUGCUAGACCACAGCAGGCUGUUGGAUGGAACCAGGGAGACAGAGCCUGCCCCCUUCCUGGAUGAAAGUGACAAAAACAUGGUAGGAGGUUCCACCUAGUGGCAGCAUGAAGACUGCAGCAGUGUGCAUUGCCUCCCCAGGCCUGACAUUCCCUUUCCAUCCAGCUGUCAUUUUGAACACCCAGACCCCCUGCAAAAUACCCUUACAGCUCCCAAAUCCCAGAUUUCCUGGGCUCCCAUCAACCCCUUCUGCAGUCAUGCUAGUACCUUGGCUCAGUGAUGGCUUUGAUCUUUGCAUGCCCCACAGCGAAAUAAUGGAAUGCCUUUAACCUGUGCUUUUCAUCGCUCUCUGCACUGCAUGCUAGUUGCUGGGUGUAAUUCUGUCUGUUUAUGUCAUCUAAAAAAUUUUUUUAUUUCAUCCUGGAACAAUUUAUCAACAUGCUCUGCUUUUGCUGCGUUUGAAUAAUAUGUUAAAACUUUCACUUAUGACAGUGAAAUGAAAUAAAACUUAUUGCCUCCAUAGCAAAAAUUUGUCAGGUAUGACAGACUCAGUGUGGAUAUGGAAACCUACUGCUACUUUCCAUUCUCUCUCCGUUUCUCUCGCUCCCUCCCCACUUUGUGAGUGGAGCUGUAUAUGGUCCUGCCAGCUGCAGGAACAAAAACCCAUCUUUUUUGCCAGUAAUAUCCAGAGUUUCCACUUAAAUCAGUUACCUCAGUGUGGUGUAUGUGAAGCUACUGUGGGUGUGUAGUUCACUGUAUUGUAUGGGACCCGAUAUCCAAUUCCACUCAAGAGGGUUGUUGUCGUGUCCAUACAACAGGAGCUACCGUAGGUGCUUAUUUACGCUUACUGUCCAUGGUGUGCUUUCCUCCUUUAACUGCAGCAGUUAGGAGCUAAUUUGUUAGCUGAUUGUUGGGGCUGCAGAAGGAAAGCAACUUUUCUAGUCUCUAGUCCUCUAGUCUCCAGUUUUAAAAUGUGAUGAAGUUAGUGUAGCCUUGGUUUUUUUUUUUUUAUUUUUAUUUUUAAAUGACAGUAUCAAUUUAUUGCAGCUGACCAUGGUAACAUUUAAGAAACAAGGGGAACCAUAUAUAUAUAUAUUUUUUUUUAAUUCCCUAGUUCCCUAAUGGCACUAGCUAUGCAUCAAAGUCUUGGGGAAACUGAAUAUAAAUGGCUGCAGAUGCUGGACUGACACUGUGUGUUUUCAGUAAUGCUCUUUCUUGUGCCUCAUUUCACCUGUGGCUGUAGGUGUGGUUAUAACUGAAGUCUUAUGAUUUGUUUCUUCUUUUACUCUGAAGUGAAUAGCUCUGUUAAGAUCUCAGUUCAGGUGCCCUAAUGACAGGAGCCAGCACAGUGGUUAUACACACAGCUCCUGAUGUGUUUUUGGUGUUAGUUUCCUAGGGGAAGUGUGCCAGUGAAGCCAAGAGGUAUUGAAAUCACACUGUGCAUGUGCUUUUUUUUUUUUUAAACAUUUUGUAGCACUGCAAAAUUUUCUGUGUAUUCUGUAGAACAAACUCGUACCGUAUGCAUGUCUGUUAUGAUUAAUCCACUGUUACUUCUAAAAUCAUCAGACUGUAAAGCAGAAGUGAAACAGGCCCUGUUCAAACAUAAUCAGGAGCUAGUGUGAAGGAAUUAUUUCUUAGCCUUUCUGACAAUAUGCUCACCCUGAAAUACCUCAAAUUAGAAAGAACAUUAAGAAAUAUAUAUUUGAAAAAUUUUACUUUUUUAAAACUGUUAGUGUU